AUGGCUGCGCGAAGUUCAACUGUUGUGGCUGUUGAAAUUGUUGUUGUUGUGGUAGUUGUUGUUGUAAUUGUUCUUGUGGCAGUUGUUGUUGUUGCUGUUGUUGGAAGAACUGUAGCUGCGGCGGUAGCUGAGGUUGUUCCCAACGUUGCCAUCCUUCAAACGGUUGCUGCGGCACGGCUGCCGCUUGUAGUGGAUAGUACUGUUGAGCUGUCUGCUGCUGAUAGUACGGGAACUGUCCGUACACAUUUGUGA